AUGGACCCAUGGAGAGUCUGUGGCGAUGCAAAGACCUUGAGGACCCCAAGGCACAAGCGUGCAUCAACCCCAUCUCUUCCCCCAGAUACCUAUCAAUGCCAGCACUGGCAUCCGUUGGUUUUGAAACUCGGCUGUGCUGGGCUGAUCCUUCUUUUCUUGAGCCUGAUUGGACUCAGUGUCUUAGUGCGAUUCUUAGUGCAAAAAUCACCAACAGAAAAAUACAGUGUGACUGCUCAAGAGAACAGGACUGAAUCAACAGGAAGAUCAGUCAUACUAAAGUGUCCGAGAGACUGGCAUCCAUACCGGGAUAAAUGCUUACAUCUUUCUCAAACUUCUGGACCUUGGCCUGAAGGUCUAACUUAUUGCUCUGUGAAAGAAGCCACUUUGCUGCUCAUUGAAAAUGAAGAAGAAUUGAGAUUCAUUCAUGAUUUCUCAAAGAGAAAAAGACAGCAGUUUUUUAUUGGACUAAAUUAUGUACCACCAGAGAAAACCUGGAAGUGGAUAAAUGGCUCCAUAUUAAAUCCUGAUUUAUUAAGAAUCAUGGGCACUGAAGAAGAAAACAGCUGUGCAGUCAUCUCACAGACAGAAGUGUUUUCUGACUUCUGUUCUUCAGACAACCGCUGGAUCUGCCAAAAGAAACUGAACCAUGACUGCAGUCCUUGUCCUGAAUCCUGA